AACUGUUCUGGGCGUGAAAUACAGUUAAAAUGCGCAUGCUCAGUCUCCCUCAGAAGACAGCCAAUCGGAUUCGAGCAACAGCACAGUGUGAUUUACAUGCAGUGGAUAUAAAUAGAGCUCCGUGUGCAUCCAGACUUCAUCUUCUGAGGAAGUACUACCCGUCAUCAUGCCUGAUCCAGUGAAAGCGCCCAAGAAGGGCUCCAAGAAAGCCGUGACCAAGACCGCCGCUAAAGGCGGCAAGAAGAGGAGAAAGAGCAGGAAGGAGAGCUACGCCAUCUACGUGUACAAGGUGCUGAAGCAGGUCCACCCCGACACCGGCAUCUCCUCCAAGGCCAUGAGCAUCAUGAACUCGUUCGUCAGCGACAUCUUCGAGCGCAUCGCCGGCGAGGCCUCCCGUCUGGCCCACUACAACAAGCGCUCUACCAUCACCUCCAGGGAGAUCCAGACCGCCGUCCGCCUGCUGCUGCCCGGGGAGCUGGCUAAGCACGCCGUGUCUGAGGGCACCAAGGCCGUCACCAAGUACACCAGCUCCAAGUAGAGACUCCUCUACCGCCGCCACAACAACACAAAGGCUCUUUUAAGAGCCACCCACUGCUACUGGAAGAGCUCUGCUUUCUAUACUGUUUUACAUCUAACAAUGUAGAUCACAACACAUUAACUCAUCCAGAUACGUUUCAAUACAUUACACAACUGAACUCCGUGUGUGCUUAAUACUGACAAAUGCACAUGAAAAACCUGCUUAUGUAACUACAUAAACAGUACAAACUUGCUGGUCAGUAUUUCAUACCAGAUUUGAGAUAUUCAUCAACAUUUUCUCUAUCGGACACAGCACAGUGGCAUGAAGCGUGCGAGAAGUACAAAAAUACACUAUUUAACACAACAUCCUGGACUAAACAAAGUUGAGUCUGAACUAAAUGUCCUCAUGAAAAUUUAAAAGGAUGGUUUAUUAAAUAUAAGUAUUCUCAUAAUUUACUUUAAUUGAAAAAGAGGAGUUGUUGUUACUUACAGGUAA